UUGACACUUUUCGGCUCCUGUCAUUGCUGACCCUUUCCUUACCGUACACACACGACCCUCCUGCAUUUUCGGAGUCUGCAUUAAAACCCACCGCCCAAAAAACCCGUUGCCUUCCAUAUAUAGACCAGAGAUAGCUUCCGAGAUCUUUUCCUUUUGUUCUGAGUGCUUUGAUUUUCUUUUGUUUGUUAAGUUUCUCGGAAUUUUCGUCUCAAAGUUUCUUGGGGAAGGGGUCCUUCUUUUCUUGGUUGGUCUCUUCUCUGCAUCUCUCCUGCGUCUCUCCGCUAUGGCUUCCUCCGCUGUCAACAGAUGGUUGAGGCCUGAGGUAUAUCCACUCUUUGCCGCGGUUGGUGUUGCUGUUGGUAUUUGCGGCAUGCAACUUGUAAGAAAUAUCUGCACCAACCCUGAAGUGAGGGUUAUCAAGGAGAAGAGAGCUGCAGGAGUGCUCGAGAACUUUGAAGAGGGUGAGAAAUAUAAAGAACAUGGCCUCAGGAAGUUUGUCCGCAACAAAUCCCCUGAGAUCAUGCCAUCCGUCAACAAGUUCUUCUCAAAUCCAAACUGACUCAAAUACUAGGAUCUUUCCACCUUGCUAGAAAUUGGACUUUUGAAAAUGGCUUUUGUCUGCUUAAUUGAUUGAUUUGGAGAGGACAUAAGACUUGUUUUCUAAAUGAACAUCAGAACAUGAGACAAUUGCUUGUACUACAGGUUGCCAAGUCAUUGAUUCAUGAUCUUGACCAUCGAAUAAUAAUGCCGAUUUUCUUGGAAAUUCAACAUUAUCUUUAUUGCUA